AUGCAAAGAGGGCAGAAGAAGCCUAAGUUCGCCGAUCUUCUGCUUCGAAGUGACGAUUUCGUCGUGUUGGCGUUGUACAAUACGGUGAAGUUUCAAUGCGAUCCUUUUGUGCGUUUCAGUUUGAUCAUACUGCUUCGAAUGUUGGAUCUACCAUUCUGCCUUCAUACGUUCCUUCUCAAUUUCUCUUACUAUGAUGCUGAGGCGUUUGAGUUCCUCGCUGUCCUUCGAGAGGAUUGCGGAGAUGUCCGUCAAUCUCCUUCGCAUCUCGAUCCAGCUGUUGCAUCAAAAAGAGUCGAAUAG